AUGAAUCCGGACAAAACAGAACGCACGACUCUCAUCAGAAGAGUAGAUCGCAUUGAGGAGGAACGGCGUGUGACAAGGAAACUUGGCUUCCUACUGGGGGACCGCGAGGACGUCGCCCGCAGGAAGCAACUGGCAGCGGCAGCAUUUUCAUCUUUGUGGUCACUCUGGACGAGAGGAUCCAGCAUCAGCGAGAAGGGGAGAAUCAGAUUGUACAAGGCACUUGUACUUCCUAUUCUCCUGUAUAACUCUAGCACUUGGGCACUGACCAAGUCUGCACUGAAGCAGCUGGAUGCGUUUCAUCCACGGCAGCUCAGAUCGCUGAUCCAAGUAAAAUGGCCGCAGAAAAUCUCCAAUGUGGCCCUUUACCAGCGAUGCAGCCUAGAGCCUUUGAACCUUGGUGUGAAGAGUGCGCAGUGGCGUUUGCUGGGCCACAUUCUUCGGUUGCCAGAUGAGUGUCCAGCAAGAAUGGCAAUGGAGUACUACUUCAAAGACAAGGAUGCCAAGAAAUGGAGGGGCCGACCCUGCACCACUAUCCAGUCGGGUCUCUCAGCCGAUUUGAAGAUUUCCCGCAAUGGUCAACUCUAUAACCUGCACGACCUACAGGGCCUGCACCGGAUUGCGCAGGACCGCCCCAGCUGGAAGGAGUUGUGCAGUGCCCUUGAGUGCAAGGCCUAUGCGUGCUUCAAGGUGGUCCUGCCCGUAAUUACAUUAUCACACCAUCUACAGUCAGAAGAUUAA